GCUCGAUCCCAGGACCCUGAGAUCAUGACCUGAGCUGAAGGCAGAGGCUUUAACCCACUGAGCCACCUAGGCGGCCCGAGGUCUCCAUUUUAGAUGGAAGACCAGCCAGACCCCGCGGCCGGCGGAGGUCCCAUGCUGGGCCCCAGAGGAUGAUGGGUGGGGAGACAGGACCCGCGGCGUCUGGAUCUCGGCUGCAGAAGUAGCCAGAGUGUGGCCAGGAGCAGACGCGGACCGUCCUGUGAGCACACCCGGUGCCCGGGCGACACGCAGCGUGGGGCACCGCCGUGCGGGGCUGUGCAGCAGGCUGGCCCAGACCCAGAAGAGCACCUUGUGGCCCCAGAAAGGGACAAGCUUGGUGAGUCUGAGGAGCGGCAAGAAGCCAGGGUGCCUAGGACACACACGGCCACGCUCUAGACGGAAUCGAGCCUCCCCGUGAUCCCGAGCGCCUGCGUGUGCUGAACUGAGGCGCGUGGGGAGCUCUCGUCUUGGGGCAGCAUGGGGGUUAGGACGUAAGGCCCACGUGCAGCUGGGACCCUGGGAAGCUGCGCCCGCACCGGUAGCAGAGAUGACCCCAGCGAGGGGACAGCAUCCCGUCACCACCUCCCCCUGCAGCUGGGUGGGGAGCGGAGUCUCCCGGAGGUUCCCUUGGAGGGAGGGGGGCAGUUCUUCAAGCUGACCUGGAACAUACGAUCACGUGCCCCCCCCCGCCCCGCCAGCUGUGCCCCCAGACAGAGGGCAGAAGCGGCCGACAGACUCUCCCCGGAAGAGUGCGGGUUCAUCUGUACGGAGAGGCUGGAAAGAACCCAAACUCCUGUUCCAGAAAUGUCACAAAAUAGACAAAUGGGGAAUCACUAGCCAGACCCCAAAACUGCGAUGUUGGUAAUAUCAGCCACAGAACAUUUGUUUUUGAAAGAGUUAGAAACUACCCAGAGGAGAAUUACCAGGGCAAAGCUCCCUGGAUAGGUGUGAACCACCAACUAGACACAAGCUGAAGAAACUACCCAGAAAAGAGGCCUCAGAAAGAAUCGGCCCAGUGUGUGCAGAGGUCUCGUGGGGGCUCGUCCCCAGAUACCGGAGCCUGCAGACCCGCGCGGCUACCGCCCUGCCCACCCCCCAACCACAGGGCCUGGCACGGAGCAAGGGAGAGGGGCGGCCGCUGGGCAGAGCCGUGGACGCGAGGAAACCCUCACCUCCAGGUGACACAAGCCUCGAACGCACAGCUAGGGGCUGAGCCUUGGGGCUGAGCAAUUCCGGGGUUCUUUGGAGGGGGAGGGGUUAGACUCCAGGCAGAGCCCGACAUGGGGCUUGAUCUCCCCACCCAGAGGUCACGGCCAGAGCUGAAGCCAAGAGUCGGACACUCACCGACUGCUCAGGCGCCCUGGGCUGAAUCAGUCCUUGGCAACAACCCCGAUGCCAGGCGCAACCCCCUUCCCACUCGCGGAGCAAACUACCUCCAGAUGCUGCGGAUCUGUGGGAGCGCAUUCGCCCCACUCGGAGCCCUUGCUCUGGGGAAGGAAGGGUGGGCGGGGGGGCUGUCCCCGCGGGCACUUCCGCGCGCUGGGGACAGUGAGCAAGCGGCAAGUACAUGACAUGGGCAGGGUCUGGAAGUGGACAAGAGGGGCCAGGGGUGUUCAGCGUCAACACAAACGUGUCUCUAGAAGAGCCGAGCACCGAGCGGGACGCCUGGUUCUCCUGCUCGGAGCAGCUCCCCCUGCGCCUCACGCUUGUGCGCAGACCCUGCUUCUCAUUCCGAUGCCCACGCGCCCCACCACGAGCCCACUCGGGAGCCUUGCCUGCUGGUGCGAGCCCUCACCCGGGGCUCCUGCCGGCAGGGACACCCCUGGGUCUGGCACGGGUCACUCAGGGCACAGCAUACCCGUGGCCUUGUUGCUUGGGUCCUGGGUCAGGCAAAGGGGAGCCCACAGUCACCCACAGUCACUCCCGGCUGAUGGUGUUUGCCCUUGGCGGGUUGAGCAGUGGGAUUCCCAGGCCUGGGAGACGCAAGCUGCCAGCACUGUGGCCCACAAACGUGACCCCUGCCCACAGCGGCCAGUCAGGAAACCAGGCAGUGACCCCUGCAGCCAGCAGCCCGAGACGGCCAGGACGCCGCUCACUGCCAGCUUUCCUGACUCACGCCUCCGGCAACUGAGGACCUGCCAGACGAAGCCAGCCGUGGCCCUGACCAACCUCGAGGCCGGCCCUGGCCCCCUCAGCCCCCUCCAGGUCUUUGAGUCUCUGCCAUCCUCGUGGGACAUCCUCACAGGCCUGCCCCGCGAGCUCCCAGCACACAGCGUCUGCUCUCGGUUGGCGCCCCGUAUGUCCACACAUGGGACCAAGUCAGACCCAGGAACCGUGCCCGGGUUUGCCCCAGGUUGACACGCAAACAUCCACCAGGGAGGGACCAGAGCACAGAGCACCCAGCAGCUGUCCUCGCCCUCGCCGCACGGACGUCUGUCAGUGCCCCCGGGGGCAGGGGAGCCUCUCACCACUCACACGGUCAGGGACGCGUCCCUCGGGCUGUGGGCUCUCGACUCUGCCACUUGGGUCGUGGGCCACCUGCCCUCGUGCCCCCAAUCCCACGUACCUGGAGUGGCUGCCGGGGCCCGUCAGCUGAAGUGCAGGAAGUC